GUUGUAAUGGGAAGAGAGAUUUCGUGAAUAGAUUUUAGCGCGUUGACUUUAUCACGUUGGUUCUACUGCAACUGUGGGAGUGGGACCAUUGGGAGUACACAACAUACGAACACCCACAACACGCAACACACGUGCUACAGCGGCUGUUUUGUAGAAGUACAUAUUGCUAGAUUCUGUAUUUAAAAUUUUUGAAAGUUUUGUUUUGAGAGAUCAUUCUGCUGGUUCACCGCCAAUGCCGGUGUUAGCUGAUGACCAUAACCAGGAUAAUUCCAUCUCCACGAAACAAAAACCGAAAAUGAAGAGUGAGAAGCUAAAAUCAGAAGCGCUGGAGACUUCUCCUGUCCAAAGAAAACGCAAAAUUGAAGAGCCUGAAAGCGAAGACGAAGAUGAUGAUUCUGAGGAAAGUCAGAUGUCAGAAGACUCGGAACAGGGGGAAUUGAAGAAACCAACGAACUCAUUCGGGAAUGCUGUAAAACAUGAGUUUGACGCCGUCAAACUUAGAAAAAAAUUAUUUUCAAGAGAGGCUGGGACAGAGCUGAAAAUGUUUGCCAAGGACUUACACGAUACCUCUGAGGACAAGGUUGAUCAUGUUGACCUUUACAUGCAAGCUGGUGGCAGCAGCACUGAGAUUUUGAACUCCCUCUCGGAAUUACGGCAUGUUGAUCCUGGAAGUGCAAUUGCAGGUUUUAGGAUUUUGACGGUUAUUUUCUUGAGAACCCUGCGAGAUUUCCCUGAGAAACAGGCUGAAUCUGAAGAAGCAGCUUUGAAGCUCAUCCAAACUUCUGCCCCUUUCCUAAAUUCUCUACUGAAACCAUCUCCAAAGCCAUUUAGAGUUCUUGUUGGUUUAAAGCUCCUGACAGCUAUGGUGAGUCUGUCCCCAAGAGUUGCAAAGGAGGUGCUUCGCGUCAUUGAUCUCGGAAAGGAUGAGAUAAGAUGGUUGACCAGUGGCCAGGGAAACAAAUCCGAGAUGAUCAAAGGCUUUUUGCAGAUCCGCAAAAGUUUCAUACACUUUUUGAUGGCUUUUUUGGUUGACAAAGAAACCAACACAAUCCAGUUGCUUUUGUCCAAAGGGAAUAUAAUUGGAUCUGCUAUGCUUGGUUUGACUCGAGACAGGGCCUCUUUGGUCAAUUUGGCUUUGACGACUAUCAGGACGAUGGUUGUCGAAAACCUCAAUGUCAGCAAAAAACUGAAACAAAAGGCGUUUCAUACUAAAGUGCUAGAAGCAUUAGUUACGUUGUAUGAGUGGCAAGGUCCAAAAGAUUCCUUCAAGAGAUAUGCUAAGAAAAAGAAAACAUUGGAAAUGAAAUUGGUGGCUGAAGAUGAUUUGAAACUUGUGCAAGAAAGUGUGCACACCUUUUUUAAAGUCCUGCUUACGUCUUACAAGUUUGGGGUGUCCUUCCCCUCGCACAAUGCGGACAUGCCUCAAAAUCACAACAUGCAGUCUUUUUCCGUUCUCAGAAAAUUGCAAAGACCUUGGGACUGUCAUUUGAAGAGUGAACUCUCAAUCGAAGUUCUAAAAACUUGCCCAACUCUGCUCAGACCACUUUUGGCUAUUUACAUUGAGUCGCUGACUCCAAGGCCAACUCUGACCUGGCUGCGCACCUUAGAAUUUGUGAUCAAGGUGCUGGAAUCAGUGGACAUGAGCGCAUUCACCAUCCAGGAAAACACAAGACCCAAUCCAAAGGUGGUAGCAAACAUGAUUUGCUCUUUGGCCCUUCCCAUUACAGUGAUGAAAGCCGUGCUCUUUCCUGGCCUCUCGCAUUCACACGCAGCUGUGAAAGAGGCAACUGCUCGACUUCUAACAUGCAUUCUGUCCCGCCUAAGUUGCCACCUAGAGAAAGCCAAGGACUUGUUUUCCUUUGAUCAAAAGUCCCUAGAUUCUACGAGAGCGCAAAUCCAGCACCAACUAUCAAAAAUCAUUCCCUCUGUGUCACUUGUUUGGGACGCAUGGAAUUUGAUCACUUUGUAUGACAACCAAGCCCAACCAGAGGAAAUAUCUGAUUGUGAAAAAAAGAAGCAUGGAAUUCCUAUUAUGGAAAGCUCAAAAAUCACCAACAUGGACCUUGCGGCACCAGAAGCAAUCAGCGGGCAUGCGUUGCAGCCCCCAACGCACUCAAACCAACUAUCCACGUACGUUCUGCUUCUUUUGGCAUAUCAAGAGUGGCUCCCACACUGGCUGGAGAUCAGUUGGGGUAGAGGAGCUGCUUCGAAAAUUUUGAGCUCCAUCAAGAGCGCGGUUGACAUGCUUGACGACGACGCAGAAGCUGACAGUAUGAAAGUCAAGGCUGUGUGCCUGCUCACCAAUUUUGACCACCUCACAAUCUCUCCACAUGAGACUUUGUUUUCGUGGGCAGUAGAAAUUCUUGUCCAUGGAAGCUUCCAAAAUGCUGAGGCUCGUCGGACUUUGUCGAAAAUUCUUGCCCAAAUUGGCAUUAUGAUCGAGAACAAUGAUGAGCUGAAUGUCUGGGUGCAGAGCACUGAUGACAGGAAAGAUUGCAAGUCAGCUCUGUCUGCCGCUCUGGUCCUUUUGGCUAAAAAUCUUCUGGACUACACUGACAAGCAGUAUGAAAUCAUCAGCAGCGGCCAGCAAAGUGUCUCCAAGGUGCAUUCAGCCCUCUUGGACGAAAUACUUGGAGAUUUGAAUCAGGAGAGCGAUACCAAUAGCCAGGGAUUCACCAGUCCAUAUCAAGAUGUAGCGUUUAGCCCCCUGAUUGUUGUUCUUUUGCAACUCAUGAAGGAGAAGGCAUUCAAGCAACACUUUGAUGCGUUGCAACACAUGAUUCCCAGAGCAACCAUUCAGCUUCUGAUCCAGCAAUCAACACCUUGCAACUUGAUCAAGGUGAUUGAAAACAACAGUGGACUCUUCCCUGAUAUAUUUUCUUCGUUUAUUAAAAAUCCAUACAAUUUACCAAGGAACCUUCUUGAACCCAAAGAGGGAAAGUUUUACGAUUUUCUUGCUGGAGACAAGCAAAAGCUGCCCAAGGAUUUAGAUGAAGAUUUCUUCAAGCUGAAGCAACUCAGCCGAAUGGUUUUGUACAGUGUUGCCCUUAAAAUUGAAAGCGGCACAUUUGACGAAGAGGCCUCAAAUUCGCACUGGAAGGCGAUCGAAAAGCUUUUGAAAAUCAUUCCACUGGGCAAUCAUUUGAGUUGCUUGGAGUUGGCUGUUUGUCAUCCUGUGUUACUGAAUGCUUUCUCCAUGCAAGCAACUAACCCAGCUGAUAUUGCCACCAACUUCUUCUUGAUCAAAGUUAUUUCUGCCAUGAAAGACCACCCAUCUCUGGCCUCCAUCCGUCUGAAAGCUUUGCAAGGAGUGAAAAAAUGUCUCAGCAUCAAAGGAGAUAAACUAAGCAAAUUGAGUUGGUCCAAAGCUCAUAUGAUUGGCGAAUUGCUCCUCAACCUGAAUUUGGACUUAGAAGAAGUGCAUGAUCUGAUGAAGCGAUUGCUUUCUCUACCACCUACAGUUUGGACGUCAGACAAAGUCAAUUCUUCUGAGCUGCUAACAUCCAUGCUCUCAAGCCUUCUUCAAAGAGUCCUGAUAUUGAGAGAAAUUAUGGCUGGUCAGGCGCGGCAGAUAGCAUUUGAAGAGAAGGACUUCGAACAGUGUCUUCACAUUUUCUUUGAGUUGCUUAAAGUAAAAAACAGAGAUUUGGAGCAUCUUCAAAAUGCACUUUUGAACUACUUAAGUGUUUACCCACAUCACAUGAAGAGUAUAUCAACAGACUAUGUGAUGAAGUUGCUCAAGAAUGAUAGCGUCCCCUGCGUGAAAGUAGCUUUACUGUGUCUUCAGUGGAUUGACGUGAACCUUGCUGAAUUAGAGAAGUGGGCCAAACAAGCUGAUUUAUCAAGGAGUUUACCUGCAUAUGGGAAGCUGCAGGUCCGAGGAAAAGUCGACCUCACUGAAUUUGAAGCCAUUCUUUGGCCUAGUGUCCAGGAUGAGCUGAAAAAUAUUGUCUCAAAUCCAAGCGCGAGCACUGUACAAUUGUUUGCAGAUAAUGAAGAGGCGUUGAUCAACCUCAUUACCUCUUGCUUUGACAAAUCCACAUCCUUGAAAAAGAUUGCAAAGUCUCUGCAGGGUAGUUAUGCUUCCGAGGCGGUUGUUGCAAACGUGAUUUGCAACUUGUUUACCAAGUCGGGCAAGCACAUUGCUGACCUGGUUGCGUGGAUUUUGAGAAGUAUCGCGCAGUCCCUAGAGAAAGAAAGCUCAAAAGAGCUGCUGCCUGUCUUUUGUGGGCACCUGAUCCAGAUACUGGAGAGCUGUAGUGAUGAAGGCAUUCUCUCAGCCACAAAAGAAGAUGAAAUCGCCAAUUUCAUAAAAUUAAGCCUUAAAAACGGAAUUGGUAGUGAAUGUCCUCUGCUCAAAAGUUUGGCUGCGAUCUUACCCAGAGUCACAGACAAAAAAUCGUACUCGACAGUUCUCAGCAUGCUUCUGUCCCACUCGCUUACUAUGCAAUGCCUGCUGGGCUACGAAGACGCAAAGAAAGAGGGAAUAUUGCUGCUCCUGGACUCUCUGACCUCUGCUGAUCCAAAUCUGAUGAGUCCUAAUCUAUUACCAGUGCUACUUGGAGCCUACAACGCUUCUCUCUCCAAAUGCGACCAAAUUGUUUUCAAGCUAUUGGCCAAGUAUGAAAACCAAGGGAUCAGUUUCAAAGAGCUCCAGCCACUGCUUUGGGGUGAAGCUGCAAUCACUCGUUAUUCCUUGCGAUCGCAUCUUGGCAAAUCGCUUCAGAACCAACCAAGUCCAUCCCAGAUUCUACACAACUUGGACUCACAUAGAGUUUCUUUGACGCUAUCAUACUUUCCAAUCAAGAGAGGCAUGGCGAACGAGUCCUCGUUGGUCGACGCUCGAUUGUAUGAUCCAGCCUUUCUGCUGCCGUUAUUUGCGCAAAUUCUACAGCCUGAGGUCCUUCUGCAGCCUUGGCUGUUCACCAGGAAUGCACUGCCUCUAACUUUGAUGGCGUUUGCUUCUGAAGAUGGUGGAAUUCGCAACCUUGCCGCCCUAAUAAUUUCCAGAUUGUACUUCCACUACGAAGCUGGAAGAAUAUCCUUUGAGAAAAAGUUUUGGCUGCAUUUCAUGGACACUCUCCGGUUCACUUUGAGCAACGCCCCAGAUGUUCAGCUACCGCCAGUUAUCGCUCUUUUCUUGGCUCGUUCUGCCCUGGUUGUUUCUAACCCUGAGCAUGACAUGUACCAAGUUUUGAACAUGUACUUGCUCGCCAAGCAAUCAAUUGACUUGACUGAUCUUCCCAACUUCUUGCGAAUGAUGCACAGCUCUGAGCCAAGUCACAAGACACAUCGACAAUGGAUUUUUAAUGUGCUGAAAAAUGGGCUGCGCAAUGAGAAGGAUUUUGAGUUGUUCUUCUCGUCCUUUGCAUCGAAGAUAUUGGCCGCGUUCUACAUCUCGCCUCUGUCAGACUCUAAGGCUAAGGAGGACAUUCUGCAAAUUUUCAUUUCGGUGGUGAAGAUUCCGGGUGCUGCUAAAAGGCUGAUUCUCAGUUCAGGCCUGAUCAGCUGGAUCAAUGGAGUGAUCACCUCUCUCCCACCAGCACCUACUAAUGACAAUACUGAGUGUCCUUUGUCUGCUAACAUUUUGAUCCUCCUGCAAACUGCAUGGACCAAUGCGGAAUUGCUGGAAACUCGAGGCAGUGUGCUGGUGGCAUUAUCUUUGUUGGUUGAUAAAGUUCCUGCUCAAGAAAGGCAUCUUCGACCCAUUGUUGAGCUCUUGAAUGCUACCUUUAGCUCCCAAAAAAGCGACAAAGAUAUUUUCACAGAGAAAAUGCUGGAGCAGCUUUUGUUCUUGUGCAAAAGAGCUGGAAUCCGGAAUUAUUGUAGCUGCAAAGACUUGAUGCAGUAUGGAAUUGCUGGGAAAAACGAAUUUUCUCUGUCUGCGUUAGAAAAAGGCUUGUAUGAGUAUAUAAACAAGUGGAUUAUUUCUUAAAUAAAUUUAUUCUUAGACCAAUAA